UCACUUCUUACAUGCACACACACGGGCAGGUAGUGCACACGGGUCCUGGAGUGCGUGCACACAUACACACACAGUUAUACACUCACUUCUCAAAGCCACAGUGAGUGACCCCUUGCAUUUGGCCAGGCCCACCAGCCCUCUGUCUGUCCGACCUGAAGAACCAGACCAGUUGGGAAAGGAGUAGAAAGAGUAGGAUGAUGGCAAUGCAGAAGUUGGUGUGGGGACUUCUGGUCCUGUAUGUGGCAGCUGCCCCUCCCCCCAAAUACGCCCGGCAAGCUGAACAAGACAACUAUGAUGUGGAUUUGGACAACCAGGAUGUCUUCGACUAUUUCAAUGGAGUUGAUGAACCACAGAUUGAGGUUGGCACCUUGGGCCCUGAUGAGGACAUUGACCCUUCGUACGAUGCCUCUCUGGAGGAGGAAGAACAGCAGGUGGAGGUGAUAUAUAAAGAAGGACGGGAGGAACGGAGAACAGCUGAAGGGAGAAAGGACAAGGAAUUGCCAAUAACACCUCAGCUUUUUCCAUCAGGCUCUGGGGAGUCAGGGACCCUAAUGGGCCCUAAUGCCCAGGGAGAGGAGGAGCUUCGUCUGACGCCCAUUGACACCCUUCAGAUUUCUGGGGACAUGUUGAGUUCUGGUGACAUGUGUUCUGGAGUUUCUGGGGCUUCUGGAGACUUGCUCAGUGCUUCUGGUUCCAUAGGUUCUGGGGCCUCUGGUGACAUUUCAGGCUCUGAUGACCAUGGUUCUGAAGUCUCUGGGCAUUCUGGUUUAGAAUUAACAUUGUUUUCAGGUGGAGAGGAGCUCCACCUGACGCCUGAAACCAUUCCACAAAUGGCCAGACAAGGGGUUCGGGGGAUUUUUUAUGGGCCUGAUCUAGAGACCUUUGGGGUGCCUGAUAUCUCUGGGGAGUCUGGGGCCUCCGGGAUACCUGAGAUGUCUGGAGUGUCUGGGGCCUCCGGGAUACCUGAGGUGUCUGGAGUGUCUGGGGCCUCCGGGAUACCUGAGAUGUCUGGAGUGUCUGGGGCCUCCGGGAUACCUGAGAUGUCUGGAGUGUCUGGGGCCUCCGGGAUACCUGAGAUGUCUGGAGAGUCUGGGGCCUCUGGGGUACCUGGGGUGUCUGGGGUAUCUGGAGAGUCUGGGGCAUCUGGGUUACCUGAGGCGUCUGGAGAUUCUGGGGUACCUAAGGUGUCUGGGGCCUCUGGGCUGCCUGAUGUCUCUGGGGCCUCUGGGCUGCCUGAUGUCUCUGGAGAGUCUGGGGCUUCUGGGGUUUCUGGAGAGCCUGGGACCACUGGGGUACCUGAGAUCUCCGGAGAGCAUAUACCCUUUGAGUUUUCUGGAGACAAUGAGACCCAUGAGGAAUCCAGAGAGUUUGUGGACCCAGAGGUUUCUUUGGAGUCUGGAGAGUCUGGGAGCUUAGAGCAGUUUCCGGUGAUCGAGGUCCCAGAGGUCACCACUGAAAUAUUAAUUCCUGACCUAGAGGAAGAGGAGGAGAUACUCAUAACUACCCUGGCCACUCCCCAGGAGGGGACUGGGGGUGAAAUUGGGUCAGGGGUACCUGAUAUUGACACAUAUACACCAGGUAUGGCUACAUGUGUGCUGUGUACCUGUCUGGUGGGAUCUGUAUACUGUGAUAACCUGAUGUUGGACCGUGUUCCUCCUCUCCCCAAAGAAACCACUCAUUUCUAUGCCCGCUUCAAUAAAAUCUCCAGGAUUAGCAAGUCUGACUUUGCCAACCUAAAUAAACUAAAGAGAAUCGAUCUGACUAGCAAUGGCAUAUCCCGGAUUGAUGACGAUGCUUUCUUUGGCCUUCCCGCUUUGGAGGACUUGAUACUACGGGAGAACAGUAUCAGACAAUUGCCCGCUCUGCCACCCCAAAUGACCCUUAUUGAUACCUCUCACAACCAGCUGGGCAGCACUGGCAUCCAGAGAGAGGCUUUCAAGGAUAUGCCCGGGCUACUUUACCUCUACUUGACGGACAACUACAUAGACCAUGUCCCUGUUCCUUUGCCUGACAGUCUGCGCUCCCUGCACCUACAGAAUAACAAUGUCCAGAUGAUACACGAAGACACUUUCUGCAAUCCGCAUGAUUUAAAUUACAUCCGCAGUGCUCUGGAGGAUAUUCGCCUGGACGGUAAUCCCAUCAACCUCAGCAGAACCCCACAAGCCUACAUAUGUUUGCCACGUAUCCCCAUUGGUGCUCUUAUUUAA